CCGUUUCCGUGGUGCGGAGCGCGGCGCGGGACCCGGCGGCGCCAUGAGCCGCAGCUACAACGACGAGCUCCAGUACCUGGACAAGCUGGACAAGAACUGCUGGCGCAUCAAGAAGGGCUUCGUGCCCAACAUGCACGUGGAGGGCGUUUUCUACGUGAACGACCCGCUGGAGAAGCUGAUGUUCGAGGAGCUGCGCAACGCGUGCCGCGGCGGAGGUGCGGGAGGGUUUCUGCCGGCCAUGAAGCAGAUCGGGAACGUGGCCGCCUUGCCUGGCAUCGUGCACAGAUCCAUAGGCCUCCCAGAUGUGCAUUCAGGCUAUGGAUUUGCCAUUGGCAACAUGGCAGCCUUCGAUAUGAAUGAUCCCGAGGCAGUGGUGUCACCAGGUGGUGUCGGGUUUGACAUCAACUGUGGUGUCCGCUUACUACGUACAAAUUUGGACGAAAGUGAUGUACAGCCUGUGAAGGAGCAGCUUGCCCAGGCUAUGUUUGACCACAUCCCUGUCGGUGUGGGCUCCAAGGGUGUGAUCCCUAUGAAUGCCAAGGAUUUGGAAGAGGCUCUAGAAAUGGGGGUUGACUGGUCUCUCCGGGAAGGCUAUGCCUGGGCAGAGGACAAGGAGCACUGUGAGGAAUAUGGAAGAAUGCUGCAGGCUGAUCCCAACAAGGUUUCCUCGAGAGCAAAGAAGAGGGGCCUGCCUCAGCUGGGGACCCUGGGAGCAGGGAACCAUUACGCCGAGAUCCAGGUUGUGGAUGACAUUUACAACGAAUAYGCAGCCAGGAAGAUGGGCAUUGACCACAAGGGGCAGGUGUGCGUGAUGAUCCACAGCGGCAGCAGGGGCUUGGGCCACCAGGUUGCCACAGAUGCACUGGUGGCUAUGGAAAAAGCUAUGAAACGGGACAAAAUCAUAGUAAACGAUCGCCAGCUGGCGUGUGCCAGGAUUGCCUCUGCAGAAGGGCAGGAUUACCUGAAGGGAAUGGCAGCUGCUGGGAACUAUGCUUGGGUCAAUCGCUCCUCUAUGACUUUCUUAACAAGACAGGCGUUUGCCAAAGUGUUCAACACUACCCCAGAUGACCUCGAUAUGCACGUUAUCUAUGAUGUUUCUCACAACAUUGCCAAAGUGGAGCAGCACGUAGUGGAUGGAAAAGAGCGGACGCUGCUGGUGCACAGGAAGGGAUCCACCAGGGCCUUCCCUCCUCACCAUCCCCUUAUUGCUGUGGAUUAUCAACUGACUGGGCAGCCUGUGCUGAUUGGCGGGACCAUGGGCACCUGUAGCUAUGUCCUUACUGGCACGGAGCAAGGCAUGACCGAGACCUUCGGAACGACUUGUCACGGAGCUGGUCGUGCCCUGUCUCGAGCCAAAUCUCGUCGUAACUUGGACUUCCAGGAUGUGUUGGACAAGCUGGCUGACAUGGGCAUUGCCAUCCGUGUUGCAUCUCCCAAGCUGGUUAUGGAAGAAGCACCAGAGUCUUACAAGAAUGUGACAGAUGUGGUUAACACCUGCCAUGCAGCUGGCAUCAGCAAGAAAGCCAUUAAAUUGAGACCUAUCGCUGUUAUUAAAGGCUAGGAACUGACAAGGCUGCGGACACCUACUGACAUCUCCAGGGCUCCCACAAAACUAACUAGAAUCUUCCCACGCCUCUUGAACUCCGUAGGAUACUCAGAUACCAACCAUGUCCAUGUCCCACAAAUACAGGCAAUUAAGGGUGCCCUUCUCUUUAACYGCUCCUAGAGAAAAUUAAUGCCCCCUCUCCACUUUCAUUUUUUUAUGAUGCUCUUUUCUUAUGUUGAAAGAGCAAAAAGCAGUUCUGGUUUUAUACGCAGUCCUUUACCGAGCUGUGCCUSGUGAUCCCGCUGGUGGGAUUUCAGAUUUAUUUGAAAUGCCACCAGUUGCUCUGUUGCACCUCCCUGAGCAAGGAGGGUGCACGAACCAAGGGCCUGCAACUCCUGCACACAGAGCUACUCUGGCUGCAGGAUACAGCACUUCUGGGCAGGGAGAGGUGUCCCUCAUUGCAGAUGGUUCUGUGCAUGGUCUGCAUUACUGCAAGUAUUGUGGUAAUUGAGUAGGACAGUCCAAGUUGGGAGAGGUCUCCCAGUUGAGAGGGAUAGCGAGACUUGAGGCAGAGCCCUCUCCUCCUCUGCUCCUUGUCCCCUUUAACACUUAAUCACCUGCUGUAUUGGUGCAGUACAGAAAGGGCUCCACAGAAGCUUGUGGAAAUGCAAGUAGGAUUGAAUAUGUAGCUUCGAAAGAGUUGUGUUUGCCCUGUAAAAAGUUGUGACUUUACAACUGCUAGAGCUGUGUUAAUCUGACAUCUUGCAAAGGCCUAAGCAUUGAGAAGUUGCUUCAGGUACUGCUCACUGUGCCCUGCAGCACUCUCUUUUGAGUCCAGGUGUGAGGAGAGGCCCUCUGUGGUUUGACUGCUCUCAGCCAAUUACUUUUCUUCCAUGUUCUUUAAUUUAGACUGGAGGGGGGAGUGCUGCCCAUCAGAUUUGGAGUAUGUGGGGGAGCUAAUAAAUAAAAUGGGAAGAUAGGUGUUGCAGGGUGUCUGUGUCAUGUUAUAUUAUGUUACCAUCAUGUCUGUUGUCCUGUCGUGUGUGCACCACAUACUUUUAACUCCUGGUUUAUCUUAGCUGCCAGGGGCAUGAAGCUCAGCUGCAAGCCUGUGUGUGGACACAAGAGGGCGGGCACGGGAAAAUAAAACCUGAAAGCAAGAAAGUUGUAAUGUGACCUGGCCAAGGACUCGUGCAAAAGUGCUUGGGGUGAUGGAUACUGAUUGAUAGGCUUGACGGACAGGAACCUUUCUGGGGAAGCAUCAUUUCAGGUCUAGCAUCUUCAUAAAAAACCUGUUGAGUUUCAAAUACAUAAUGACACUUUACAGUUACAAUCACUUUUAUUGGUCUCCUGAGUCCAAAAAAAUACACUGUUAAGGGCUUUAGAAGCAGUGCAGAUUGUAAUAGGAAUUGCUAUGACUACUGCUAGAUCUGACUUUAAGGUGACUCUAUCUUAAUUUCUUCUGCUCUCUUAGUAGGACUGUUUCAGAUCCUGAUCUCUGAGGUCUGA